UUUCAAUUAACAGAAACGUUUUUAAAAGUUUACGUUAGUUAACGCGAAUAAUCCUGACUGACUAGUGACCAGCACUCCCAGUGUGAUUGACAGUGGAGGGGGAGCUGAAACACGCCCGCUCAGGGGGGCGGAGUCGGGACAUGUGUGAGCAGCAACAUCGGUGAGUCAGUGGGAAUGUUUCAUCCACACACACCGAAUGUUACAAAGUAUCCGGAGUGACAACAGGAAUGCGUUUCUCAACAUCACAUCUGCAUCUUUUCACACCCUAAAGAACAUUCCGUCAUUAACAGAACUUUCAUCAUCAUCCUCAUGUCUGUAAAGAUGGACGGAGCUCAUAAUAAAUGGGCUGCGGUGAAGGGUCGACUCGGCUCGUCUCAAGAUUCAGACCCCUUGCAGGAGGCCAACCUGGAGGAAGCAGAUGCCGAGCUGUGCAUCCGAAUGUUGCAGGUGCCCACCGUCGUCAACUACUCCGGUCUGAAGAAGCGUCUGGAGAAGAGCGACCAGGUCUGGAUGGUUCAGUUUCUGGAGCUCUCGGGACUGGACCUGCUCCUGGAGGCUCUGGACCGGCUGUCAGGACGAGGCUGCUCUCGAAUCGCAGAUACUCUGCUGCAGCUCACGUGUGUGAAUUGCGUGAAAGCCGUCAUGAACUCGUCCGCUGGGAUCAACUUCAUCUUGGACAACGAGGGUUACGUGCGCAAACUGUCACAGGCUCUGGACACGUCUAACACUAUGGUAAAGAAACAGGUCUUUGAGCUUCUGGCGGCCCUCAGUAUGUUCUCCUCGGAGGGACACAGACUCGCCCUCGAUGCUCUGGAUCAUUACAAGUGUGUGAAGAUGCAGCAGUAUCGCUUCAGUGUGGUUAUGAACGAGCUUCAGGCCACAGAUAAUGUGCCUUACAUGGUGACCCUGCUGAGCGUCAUCAACUCCAUCAUCUUCAGCAUCGAUGACCUACACCAAAGAGACAAGAUGCGCAAGGAAUUCAUUGGAUUACAGUUGCUUCAACUACUGCCAAACCUGAGGGAAGAGGAGGAUGAAGACUUGAUAAUCCAGUGUGAGGCGUUUGAAGAGGCCAUGGCUGAAGAUGAGGAGGAACUCUUGAGGGUUUAUGGUGGGAUUGACAUGAGUAACCCUCAGGAGGUCUUCACAUCACUCUUUAAUAAAGUUAGCAGUUUCCCAUCGUCCCUACAGCUUUUGUCUAUGUUGCAAGCGUUGCUGUUGUUGGGUCCCGAGCGAGUGGAUAUCUGGCAGGCUCUGGAGUCACUUACUAACCGAGCCAUUCUGAUAGCAAACAAUUCGGAGAUGGAUUCAUGUGAGAAGAUACUGCAGCGUCUCGUCUUCACUAAGGAACUCAAACCCAAAAGUUCUUUUGAGGUAGACAGUCGCCUGCUUAAACGAAAAAAUCAAGCCGUUCAGACGGAGACGACAUAUGAGAAACUGACAAGUUCCUGCAGAUCAACUGACCAGGAACCAGUGAUCAACUCCACAAAGAUUUCAUCCACCCCUUCAGCACCUCCUCUGAACGGUGUGGAUUCAGCAUUGUCUGUCGAAAGAGGAUCUGGGCCUCCUCCACCUCCUCCUUUACCACCAGGAACAGCGUUACCUCCACCUCCUCCUCGUCUUCCAGGGAUGGGUUUUGGAGGUCCACCACCUCCUCCUCCUCUUCCAGUGAUGGGUUUUGGAGGUCCACCACCUCCUCCUCCUCUUCCAGGGAUGGGUUUUGGAGGUCCACCACCUCCUCCUCCUCUUCCAGGGAUGGGUUUUGGAGGUCCACCACCUCCUCCUCCUCUUCCAGGGAUGGGUUUUGGAGGUCCACCGCCACCGCCUCCUCUUCCAGGGAUGCAUUCUGGUGGUCCUCCACCUCCUCCUCCUCUUCCAGGGAUGGGUUCUGGAGGUCCUCCACCACCGCCUCCUCCUCCAGGUAUGGGGGAUGUGAUAGUCGCCAGGAGCCUCCAGACUGUUGGUCAGUGUUACAGCAUGCCUGUGAAGACGUGUCCAUAUCCCACCCAAAGAAUGAAGAAACUCAACUGGCAGAAACUCAAUUCAAGAGCGGUUACAGAUGGUUCUUCAAUGUGGGCCUCAACUCCAGGUGAUUCUCCUCUCGAGCCCAACUACAGCAGCAUCGAGCAGCUCUUCUGUCUGCCGGUUGCUGAACCCAAAGACAAGGUCCUCGUCACCCCCGCAAGAAAAGAAACCAAAGAGAUUUCCUUCAUUGACCCCAAGAAGAAUUUGAAUCUGAAUAUAUUUCUGAAGCAGUUUAAAUGCUCAAAUGAAGACUUCGUGAUGAUGGUUCAGAAAGGCGACUGUUCUAAAUUUGAUGUGGAAUCCCUAAAACAGCUUCUCAAACUGAUUCCUGAAAAACACGAGAUAGACAACUUAAGGUCCUUUCAAGGAGAUCCAGAAAAGCUGGCCAAUGUUGACCGGUUUUACCUUUUGCUACUGGCUGUACCGUGUUAUCAGCUGAGAAUCGAGUGUAUGUUACUGUGUGAGGAGGUUCUCUCAACGCUGGAUAUUCUCACACCCAAAACCCAGCUGCUCGGGUCGGCCUGUGACUGUCUCGCACAAAGCUCAUUGCUGCCCAGUUUCUGUAAGCUUAUCCUUGAUGUGGGAAACUUUCUCAACUAUGGAAGUCACACGGGUAAUGCUGAGGGAUUCAAGAUCAGUUCCCUGUUGAAACUUACUGAAACCAAAGCAAACAAGAGUCGCAUCACACUCUUACAUCACAUCCUGGAGGAAGCAGAAUUGAACCAUCCAGAGCUGCUGAAUUUUCCAGAUGAAAUCGAGGCCUGUGAGAAAGCCGCCGGUAUAAAUGUGGAGUCGAGCCAGGCAGACGCGAGCGCACUCCUGAAGCGGUUGAGAGAUGCUGAGAAAAAAGUGUCGUCAUCGGUUGAAGAUGUCCGGGAGCAGUUCUUAGGGCUCCUUGAGAAGAACUUGCUGGCGUGUGAAGCUCUCGAAGAGCGUUUCGCUAACAUCGAGAAGAGAAGGAUUGAUCUGGCUCAGUAUCUCUGUGAAGAUGCUGCUCAGCUCUCGCUCGAGGAGCUCUUCAACAACAUCAAGAUCUUCAGACAACUCUUUCUCAAAUCCCUGAAGGAAAACAGGUUUCGCAAAGAACAAGCGGCUAAAGCGGAGAAACGCAAACAACAGCUGGCGGAGGAGGAAUCCAAGAGACGGAAAGGAGAAGGUGGAAAGAUUAUCAGAAAAGAACCUGUGCCGGAGGAGGGCUGUAUCAUCGACCAGCUCCUGGCGGACAUCCGAAAAGGUUUCCAUCUGAGAAAGACCCGUCCCAGGUGCGAAACGGAAAGUGCGUCUUCUAGUGAAAUUCAUAGGGAUGCCAGAGAGCCUGAGUUGUUGAACAAAUCGAUGUCUUCUCGUUCUAAAGCAGCAAGUGUCAGGUCUGUCGAAGAAGCCGAUUCAUCUGCAGUCGAGGCGUCUCCCACAGUCCAAGAUUAUACUCCAGAAGGUCCGGUCAGAGAUUCCGACAUCAGUCCCAGAGGUGAACCUGCCUCACUGGGUAACAGCGAGUCGUCUGAAACCACCAACACAAACAUCUCAAUGGACCUCCACACACAGCACAACUCAUCCGUGAACGGCGUUUCGGUGGAAAAUGCCUCUGUGGAGACAUCGGCUCAGGAAAAAAUCACAUCAGAAGGCAGUCGUCUUGAGGCCAGCUCAGACCCAUCUCCCAAUUGCCUUACUCCACAAAAUACAGAUCCACAAGAUCAAAACUGCAAUGGGAACAAUAUGAAAGCCACAGAAGAUGAUCAGACUCCUGCUUCAACGAAGACGCCAGACUCUAUAAAUUCGACUCUUGUAAAUGGAGGUUGUGAAAAAAAUGGCUGUAAGAAAGAAAUAGACGACCCGCUGCAGUCCUGUGACGCUCAGACAGACGGAGACAGUUGUGUUGAAACGCAGCGGUCACGUGAUGAACUGGAUGGGCAGCGUUCACAAACUCCACCCACUCCUGCUGUAGGCCCCGCCCCUGGCCAACCUGAAAAUAAUAAACGUUUCUUCCAAAGAAACAAAAAAAGCAGUAAUGAAGUGGAGGGUGGCAGAAGGAAUGGCCGCAGUAAAAAGGCGUGUGUGUUGCAGUAAGGAAAUCUAAGGAGAAAGAAGCCCAAAGGCCGGAGGAAAAGCUGAGCGUGUUCCUGUGAUUCUGUUUCAUCAGCUACAGACUGACCUGAGAUCAGCACCACACACACAACCCUCUGCACUUUAUAUAGUGGAGGACCAACUAAAGGAGUACUUAAACAAAAAAAACAUGUUAUACAUUGUGUGUUUGAAUAUGACAAAAUAUGUAUUUUUAAAUGCAAAAUUUGGUCAAACUGUAUUUUAAAUAUGUGCACACGAUAAGAUACAUGUGUGAACUGUUUACAUGUAUUACAAGAGUAUUUAAGAUUUUGAAAAGAGUUUGCUAUACAAUAAAUUGCUAAAUAUGGAUUAUAGUUGUGUAUUUCACAAAUAGUUUUGCUUAUGCUGAAGCCUUUAAAAAAUAUAUUGUUACUAUUAAUAUUUCUCUGAAUGUACACUUUAUAUGUUAAGAAUAUUUUGGUAUUAACCAUAAGUAUUAGUUCAUUUAACAUGCUCUGAUUGUAACAGCCUCACAAACGCCACUAGGAUUAUAUUUUGCAUUUGUGGUGGUUUGUGUCCUCCAGGAUCUUUAUGUGCAAGUUUCACAUGGAUGUCAGUAUGUAUUUCCUGCUUAACAUUAAUGAGAAAAUCUGUGACAUGUAUGAAUUAAAAAGCAGUCAAUGUUGAUUGAGGUUUGUGUUCACUCAUUGAAAUAAGAUGAUAUUUUGUAGAAGCACAAGACCAGUGACCCUUAAAUUAAGAAGAUAGUUGAGUAAAUCACUACUGAUUGUAUUACAUGCUUAAGAGUUAUGUUUGGAAGUGCCCUGCUGUGCUUUAUUACAGACGUUCUUUCAUAACUCAAUAACAGAUUCCUUCUGCUAUGAACAUCUUGUCCUGUAGGGGGCGCUUUAUAACUCAAUCUCCAAUCCUUUGAAUUGCAUUCAUUCAAAUCAGUUUGAAAUACUCUUUUUACAUUAUUGUGUUGGUCACGUUGCAAAUGAUAUAUACAUGAAACAGGUAAUACAAAAUUGUACAACUAAAACAAACAAUAAGGUUGUAAAGAACAAAAUAUACAAUAAAAAAGUACAUGACUUAA